AAACGUUACGUUCUGUGAUGUUCGAUCUAUGUUUUAGCUGUGUCUGUCAUUAUAUGUUUACGUGUCAUAAAUUUGUAAUAGUACCAUUUAAUUGUUUGCUGAACUCUCAUAUUAAAAUAUGGCGAGAUAUUUUAAAGAACAGGACAUUGAUGAAUUCCGAGAAUGUUUUUACCUAUUUGCUCGUUCCGGUAACAUUAAAUCAUUAGAUGAGUUAACUGUGAUUAUGAGAAGUUUAGGCCUAUCUCCAACAAUUUCUGAGCUAGCUGGCUAUUUCAAACAAAAGGGAGGAAAAAUGUCAUUUGCUGACUUUUUGGAAGUGAUGCAUAUCCACUCAAGGGUUGAACAUUUGCCCAAAGAGAUAGUUGACGCGUUUAAAGCAGGGGAUGCAGAAGGACGUGGUGUUAUUGAGGCCAAACAUUUGCGGCAUCUACUUCAAAAUUGGGGAGAGAGAUUAUCUGCCAAGGAAGUUGACCGCAUCUUCCGUGAGGCUAAUGUCAACAACCACACUCUUGUUAAAUAUGAAGACUUUGUUAAAAUUGCCUGUGCUCCUGUUCCAGAUUAUUACUAAAAAUGUUUGAAGUUUAUUGAUUUUGUUUUAUGAAUAUGGUUAUGGUUAAAGUGUAUUUAUUAAUUAAUCUUAUAAAUAAAAUACUUCAGUAAUGAA